CACAGUCAGUCUGGGCUUGUUUUAACAUAACCAGGGGCACUUCGACAGCAGGCAAAAAGCAUGUAGUAAAUAAGCCGCUGUGGAUGGUAGGGGACCGGGGUUGGCACACUGAAUUUCGCCGCUGUAUGAUGUUGCAGCGUACCGGAGAUUUACUUAUUUUGUAUCUAAGGUGACAGUCUUUUUUUCAAAGGGCCGCCGCUGAUGAGGCGAUGAAGUGCAGAGAAUGAGAGCUGUGCCUGGGCCUACAACCAGUGCUGCUGCAGCUGGGAUUGUGCAGAUCCGCUCUCACAAACCGAGAAAAGCCCUCGCUUUGUGCCACAUUCUCAAACAUCCGCUGUUGGUUUCACGGUGACCGACCUCCAAAUGGAUACAACCGUGACAACAUGAAUCAGUCAAUCAGACCGCCUGUUAGGGUAGGCUCAGUGUUUGGUUCAGGCCAAACAGAGCUGAGGCCCCACAAUGGUCCUGUAAGCACUUCCUAUGGAAACCAAUGUGGCAUCGUGAGGCGAGGGUCAGAGCAACCAUCAGCCUUGCAGCUGCCAUCCUCCAGCCUCAAACAGCCAGCUGUACUAGGGUACAACCAGCCAGACCGAUCCCAUUGCUACAGUCCUUUGAGAAGGCUGCAGGACCUAAACUCUGUGGUCAGUAGGCCCAAACUGGAGAGAGACCUGCAGUCCAAUAGCCACUUCCACUGUGCAAGCCCCAUCAGUGAUGAUGAUGAGUUUGAGGCACCAUCAAUCCAGCUGCCUCCCUCUCCUGGUGAUGAUGACAUGGAGACGCUGCAGGACGUGAGCAGAAAUGGUUUCUCCCCUCACAGUCCGGACAGCUUUGAGCACUGCUCUUCCAUAUCUAACGGCUACCUGCAUUUUGAGUCAACACUGUUUGACAGCAGUGACAUUAAGGAGGAGGAUGAUGGGGGCGGGCAUAGUAGUAGUGACGAGCUGGCGCCUUUUCACCACUCCCCAAAGUCCGGUCAGGAUCGAACUGUUACCGACAGCAGGACCACCUGCAGUUCAGUGGAAGAUAAAAGAACAUACAAACCCACUUUGUUUAAUCUGAUGUCCAAAACUAUAUCUGAACUCAACCCUACACUAAGCCCCAGUGCACUGCCAGAAAUCACUAUGAGAGAUGGGUGGAGUUUGGGUGAGGAAUCAGGGAGUGAGGAUGAACUGACCUCUCCUGUUGACCCUGGACUUGUUUCACCAGCUGGCACCAACUCUAAUUCUAACAGCCCAAAGAAAAAGCCUCUUCCUGCAGUGAAAUACUUGGAUGGAGACUUGGUGUGGGCUAAAUUUAACCGCCGGCCCUGGUGGCCCUGCCAUGUCAUAUGUGAUCCAGACCAGGGGGCUCACACCAAGAUGAAAGUUCCCAGUCCCCGUCCUUGUCGGAUGUAUUUUCUGGAGAUGCUUGGCCAGGUUGCAGAGAAGGCCUGGGUCCCAGAGAGUGCCAUUCUGCCUUUUGAAGGAGGCCAUCAGUUUGAUGAGCUUCCUGUACUCAGACGGAGAGGAAGGCAGAAGGAGAAGGACUACAAAUACUCUAUACCGAAAAGUUUACUUACGGCGUGGAAAGUCAGCGUGGCAAAAGCAGAGUAUCUCCUCCCACUUCGACAAAGGAAUACGGACACUGUUCUUUCACUUUCUACGAAUGGAGAAGAGCGUGUUCCCAGCCCAGUGUCUACUGUAAAUCCACAAGAGUCUCCCUCUGUCUCUGUGGAUAUAAGUCAAAUUCCAUUGCCUAUUAAAAACCCCCAUGGAAACAAGUGCCAUCUCAUCAAAAACUCUGCUGCAGCUCAAUCCAACAAGAGUAAAUUCUGCAAAAAGAAAAAGAAGUGUUUAUCUGACAUAUUUGGACACAUUGUUGGUGGCUCAAAGGAGGGGUCUAUUAUUACGAACAUUACGGAUCCAUUUCAUACUACCAAUCAUGCACUGAAAGAAGAGCCAAAAGACUCGCCUUAUGCAGAUCUGGAUUCAGUCCCAAUGCUGCAUCGUCCUAAACGCACUGUGACGUCUCAACAACCAGAUGUAGACACAAACAUCUGGAAAGAACAGGGUUCAACUAAAAGGAAGUUUGCUGAAAGAGUGAACCAUUCUACUGAUUCCUCUACUAUUUUAACAGAUAAAAAGACAUCUCAUGAAACAAACUCUGAGCAGAGUUUUGGUCGCUGUAAUGAACUGUCAAACGGUUCGAAUGAAAAGCACUCUAUGAAUCUUCCUGCCAGUAGUGGUCUAAUGACUCGGGCUUUGAGGGCAGAGGAAGAGACAGAUAAUAAAGAUGCACUGGCAACGAGUCAAAGCUCAACAGAUGCCCCUGCUGACGCUUGUCCUGGUAAUGCACCUACUAAUACAUCCAUCAAAAGUGAAGGGUCUCCUCACUGGGAAUCACCCAGCAAUGCAUCAUGCUCUACAAAUCACAGCCCUGCAAGGCGGCGUGCAAGGAAGCCUGAUAAAAAGCGCAUUCAUAACGGCUCAUUAGUGACAUCUAAGAGUUUAGUCUCAACUUUACCCGCUGUGAAACCUGUUAAGAUUAAAAUAGAAAAGCUAGAUCUAUCUUCUUCUUUCUCCCCAUCCUCCUCUCUGUCUCCGAUGGAGGCUUUCCAGGAUCCAAAGGAACUAACGUUUAAAUCUCUUGUGAAGGAGGACAGCAGUGACUCUGAGUCGGCUGCAUUUAAACCCGACUCCAAUUAUAAAUUCAGCACCUUCCUCAUGCUCCUUAAGGACAUGCAUGAUACCAGAGAAAAGGAGGGUAAACCCCUCACUCUGCCGCCAUCACCAGUCCUGAUCAAAGAGGAACCUCUGGUCAUCCCUUCGUCUACAGGAGAAGAUUUGCUGAAGGGUACUGGUGAUGGUUUUACUCAAGGACCUAAAACCGAGAGCCAAAACAGAGCUGUGAAAACCAAGAGCAGGACUAAACCUAUAAUGACAGCUGACACCUAUCACUUCGAAGACUUUCCGGUUCAUGUAAAGACUGGGGGCUCGGAUAAGCAGCGUAGAAAACAGAAACUUCCUGCCAAACUAAAACUCAGUAUACCCAGACUGUCUCUUGACCUGGCUGACUUGGCUUAUGGUAGGGAGUUAGUUAGUGGCCACACCGACAUGGCUGAUCCAGGGUCUGCUGAUCCUUCAGCCAGCUACCUCGAUAAGAACUCAGGAUCCGCUAUGGCUCCAAAGAAACGCUGGCAGUUGGUGGAGGAGGCUGCUGAGGAUCAGACUGAAGGUACGAGCGAGGCGUUUACUGCGAUGAAUGGGUCCUACCCUAUUAAAGCAUCACCAUAUUCAGAUCUGGGGGUUGAGAAGAGGGAAGAAAAUGACUCGCACUUCUCAGAAACAAGCAACAUGGCCGAACAUUCAGAGAACAAACGCCUCCGGAAACCAACUAAACGGCUCCUUGAAUCAAGGGAAGAGUACGAACAAAUAUUUGUGCAAAAAAAGAAAUCAAAGAAAAGCACCUCAGAAUCGACAUCAGUCAUGGCUGCACCAUGCGAUGUCAGCACAGAAGAACUUCUUACCUCGACCUCACCUUCGUCUUCCGUGGAACCUGCCGAGGCACCGUCGGAGCUGGAGCAGAGUCUGUCUGAUGAUGAGCCCUCUCUUGCCACACCCUCAGUAUCUCCAACCACAUCACAACCCACUCUUGACUCAGAGGCAGCAGAAGAAACUGAUCUACCUCCCGAAUCUGACACUGGGUCAGUAAUCCAAGAAAGAAAAAGGCCAAGGAAGCUGUCACAUAAGGUGCUGGAGUGUACAAUAGAAGAGGUGUCUGCUACUCCGAUCAAGAAAAGGGAGCCAAAGCGAAAUGGUGGAGUUAAUGCAGGCAUGAAAGCAUCUGCCAAGAAAACUCAGGUUGGACUUUCAAAGAAAGAGAAGCGUGUGCCUAAACCGUCCUCUGCCCCUCCUUCUGCUGCUGCCUCCCAGGACUCAGAAGGCAAAGAUCGCCUUGGGGUCCACACUCCAACUAUAGCUCUCUGCUCCCCCCCAGGAUCAAAGACCCUGAAGCAGGAGAGUGAGAUUGAGGCCUGCAGCACGGAUGAGAAACAAAAUGGACACACUGGAACACUAACACCCAAACCUGAGGCGCUGUCUGCUGGUUUGAACGACAGCUUCUCCUCCCAUGCAGAUGUGAAAGGGAAAAUAAGCGCUACAACUUUAAAGGAGAAUGUCUGUCAAGUGUGUGAGAGGACAGGAGAUCUGCUGCUGUGUGAGGGACACUGUUAUGGAGCCUUUCACCUGCAGUGUAUCGGUCUGUCUGCCGCUCCAAAGGGAAAAUUCUUUUGUCCUGAAUGCAAAGCUGGUGUCCACACAUGCUUUGUGUGUAAGAAGUCUGGGAAUGGGGUGAAACGCUGCAUCAUACCACUGUGUGGGAAGUUCUACCACGCUGACUGUAUCCUGGCAUACUCGGCUACGCAGCCUCAUAACAAAGGCGUCCGCUGCCCUCUACAUGUGUGUCUGUCCUGUCACAUCGCCAACCCUCUCAAUAUCUGCUGCUCCAAAGGUCGGUUGGCGCGGUGUGUUCGCUGCCCUGUUGCCUAUCAUGCCAAUGAUAACUGCAUGGCAGCAGGCAGCUUGGUGCUGGCAAACAACAGCUUCCUCUGUCCAAACCACUUCACUCCCCGCAAGGGCUGCAAGAACCAUGAACACAUCAAUGUGAGCUGGUGCUUUGUCUGUUCUGAAGGGGGCAGUCUGUUGUGCUGUGAAGCCUGUCCUGCUGCUUUCCAUCAGGAGUGUUUGAACAUCGAGAUGCCCCAGGGCAGCUGGUUCUGCAAUGACUGCAAGGCCGGGAAGAGGCCUCGUAUAAAAGACAUCCUGUGGGUCAAAUGGGGUCGUUACAGGUGGUGGCCCGCUGAGGUCUGCAUGGCUAAAGAUGUCCCACAUAACAUCUUGAGGUUGAAACAUGAAGUGGGGGAGUUCCCGGUGCAGUUCUUUGGCUCUAAAGAUUUUGUGUGGACGUACCAGGCCAGAGUGUUCCCCUACAUGGAGGGUGACACGCAUAACAUUGAGAAGAUGGGAAAGGGUGCAGAUGCAGUUUACAAAAAGGCCCUGACUGAAGCAGCAGAGCGAUUCAGAGAACUUCAGGCAGAAAAAGAGAUGAAGCAGCUUCAGGAGGACAGAAAAAAUGACAAGAAACCCCCUCCAUACAGACACAUCAAGGUAAAUCGGCCAAUUGGGAAAGUGCAGAUCAUAACAGCUGACCUGUCUGAGAUCCCACGCUGUAACUGCAAAGCUUCUGAUGAAAACCCGUGUGGCAUUGACUCUGAGUGCAUCAAUCGCAUGCUGAUGUAUGAGUGCCAUCCUCAAGUGUGUGCAGCAGGGGAGCGAUGUCAGAACCAAGCUUUUAUGAAGCGAGAGUAUGCACCUGUGGAGAUUUUCAGGACACUGUCAUGCGGCUGGGGUUUACGUGGCUUAUCGGACAUCAAGAAGGGAGCCUUUGUGAGUGAAUACGUAGGAGAGAUGAUCGAUGAGGAAGAAUGUCGAGCCCGGAUCAAACACGCCCAGGAGAACGACAUCUCUAACUUCUAUAUGCUCACACUGGACAAGGACCGUGUCAUUGAUGCUGGGCCCAAAGGGAACCAUGCUCGCUUCAUGAACCACAGCUGUCAGCCAAACUGUGAGACUCAGAAGUGGACAGUGAAUGGGGACACCAGGGUGGGGCUGUUUGCUCUACAAGACAUCCCAAAAGGUGUGGAGCUGAAAUUCAACUACAACCUGGAGUGUCUUGGAAACGGAAAAACUGCUUGUAAAUGUGGAGCACCAAACUGCAGUGGUUUCCUGGGUGUCCGGCCGAAGAACCAGCCGUCGGCAGAGAAACCGAAGGAAGGGCGGAGGAGAGGCUAUAUGAAGAAGAAGACCAAACAAGAGGUUAAAAAGGAGAGGGAGGAUGAGUGCUUCAGCUGCGGUGAUGGAGGUCAGAUAGUGUCCUGUAAGAAGCCUGGGUGUCCAAAGGUCUAUCAUGCUGACUGUCUCAACCUCGCAAAGAGACCUGCAGGGCGAUGGGAGUGUCCAUGGCACCAGUGUGAUAUCUGUGGAAAAGAGGCGGCGUCCUUCUGUGAGAUGUGUCCCAGCUCCUACUGCAAAGAGCAUCGAGAAGGAAUGCUCUUCAUCUCCAAACUGGAUGGCAAGCUGUCCUGCAGCGAGCAUGACCCCUGCGGACCUGACCCGCUGGAGCCGGGGGAGAUCCGUGAAUAUGCUCCCACCAUGACCUCCAUGAGGCCUGGGGCUAUAGCUGCGCCUGUUUCUCUUCCAUCUAUCCCUGACUCCAGGAGAGGCAGUUACACCCCCAUCAGCUCCCCUUCUGGUCAGGCUGCUGUCCUGGGUCCUCCUCCUCGUCUUUACAUCAACACAAAGACUGCUACGUCCAGCUUCAUCCCCUCCAACAGGGCUUACCUCACAGACAGGACUGAGGGCAAAGGGUUCUCCACUCCUUCCUCUUCAAAGGGUGAGCGAGAGGACGGGGAGGUGGAGGAUGGAGAGGUGUGUGGGUUAGAGGUGGAAGAUGAUGAUGAAGAAGAGGACGAUGAUGAUGAUGAUGAUGAUGAAGAAGAUGAAGAUGAUGAAGAUGAUGAUGAUGAUGAUGAUGAUGAUGACGACGACGACGCCGCCGAGGAAGAAGGGGAGGAGAUGGAAAUAGUGGAAGAGGAUGAGGAGGAUGACCAGCUGUACGGAGGGAGCCUGGAGGAACAGGAUGAGGAGGAUGAAGGAGGGGAUGUGUAUGACACUUGGGAUGAUUAUGUGGAUGAAGAUGAGGGAGAGGUGGAGGAGGAGGAGUGGGUGAGAGUGGAGGAUGAUGACAAGUGACUCAGUGCAUCAACUCAUAGAAACUGAUUAAAACUCUGAAAAGACACUUAAAGGCAAAAAGUCCAUGAAAGACUAGAAGAUUUUGAUAUUUUGGUACCUACUUGAACGCAUCACUGCCUUCUCUUUGGUACGGUGUUGCCUUCUCGUCCUCACACUGCUGGACUCUCAGCUUAGAGGUAUACUGGUGCUAAGGCUCGAGGACUGAUUCAGUCCAUCUCUUUAUACUUCUGUUUAAAUGUUUAUUUGUGUCUGGUGCUGUUAUGUUCUUCUGUUUAUAUUGUUUACAUUUUUUGUCCUUUUUUAAAAUAUUUGAAAUACAAGAAAAAAGGUGAGAGCUCCCACCUGACCAAACUGUCAUCAUAAUGCCACCUUACAUUGUUGUUACUGUCUUAACCUUUCUUAUAACAAAAGUGAUCAAAAUAGUGUUUCUCACUGGUCUUUGUUACAGUUUAGCACAUUACCUGCUUGGUGCUUCUACGGAAUGCAAAAAUAAAACC